AAGCAGCAGACUGUGUUUUGUUUCAGUAUGAGUAUUUUUUUUUCUCCUGUUCCUACGUCAGCUAGUCAGAAAACUCAUCAGUUACAGUUGUGCACCAGUUUUGAGAAUGGCCAAGAAAGUGCUGAUUGUGUAUGCCCAUGAAAGCCCUGCCUCUUUCAAUGCUGCUGCCAAAGAUGCUGCUGUUGCAGCCUUGACUGCUCAAGGCUGCACUGUAGACGUGUCUGACCUGUACGCCAUGAAGUUCAAAGCUGCUGCUACUACUGAGGACAUCACUGGUGGUGUGAAGGAUGCUGAGAGCUUCUGCUACGCAAAGGAGAUCAAAUUGGCAUCAGAGGAGGGCAAACUUGCUGAAGACAUCAAAAAAGAGCAGGAGAAGCUCAAGGAGGCAGACCUUGUCAUCUUUCAGUUCCCCAUGUACUGGUCAUCUGUUCCUGCAAUCAUGAAGGGGUGGAUGGAUCGUGUGUUGGGCUUUGCCUACGCACAGGAGAAGCGGUACAGUGAGGGGAUCUUCAAGGACAAGAAAGCCAUGCUGUCCUUCACCACUGACUGUCCUGAAUCUGUGUACAGUGACACUGGCAUCAAUGGUGACAUCAAUGUCACACUGUGGCCACUGCAGAACGGGAUCCUGAACUACUGUGGCUUCCAGGUUUUUGCCCCUCAGAUCUUCUGGGAUCCUGCUACUGGUUCUCCUGAAUCUCACAGCUCCAUGCUGGAGGGCUGGCGCACACGGCUGCAAAACCUCUGUGGGGAAGCCACUGUGUACUUUGCUCCCAUGGACUACUUUGACAAGGAGAAGGGUUUCCUGCUGAAGCCUGAGGUCAAAGAGAAAUAUGCCAGCAAAGAGUCUGGCCUCACAGUGGGGAUCCACAUGGGCAAGCCACUGCCAGCCAACAGCCAGACCAAGGCCGGGGUCUGAUGAUGGAGUGGGUCCAUGUAAUGUCUUAAAAUGUGUGCUGCAAUAAAAAAGCUGCUUUAUUGUAACUUCAGUUUGAGCAAUGAGUUUCAAAUGCACCACUUGGUUUCAUACAGUUCAGCCAUCUAGAAAAUGGUACAUAUACAUAACAGGAUACACAAAGCUGUCUCUGUAGGCUUUCAAGACUGGUGUCAUUAUCCAACACUGACCAAAUUGCUGCUUGGGGUUUUGUUGCCCGCUAGAAAUGUGAGCUGGCAAUGGUAACUUGGAACUGCACACAAACUGAUGCAAUGCAUGGUGCAUUUGGUUAGCUUCUCUACAUUAUCCUGCUGAGUAA